GCUCGGAACACGCGUCCAGCUCGGAAGUUUUCCACCCUCGCCACCCUCUUCAACUUCCCUACCGACCACGACCAUCCCCACCUCUCCGUUCCCACUACCUGCUCACGAACUUCAAGACUCGUAACUUGACCCUUUCCCUUCGUUUCGCAAGAUGACCUCUGUUCUCAACUCGCCCCGCUGGCUCCUUCUCUCGCUUUUCCUCGUCCUCUGGAGUUGGACCAAGGCCGGGCGGCACGAUCCCCGCGGAAGCCUCUUCGGCCUCGGUGUCGAAGCGCAGAUCAAUGGCCUCAGCAGCUGCGCGACGACGUGCGCGAGUAGCGCGUCGAGCCAGGCGGGAUGUGAGCCUCUCGACAUGGCCUGCUCCUGCGCAUCGUCGUCCUUCUUGCCCUCCGCGCAGUCUUGUAUGACCUCGACCUGUGGCUCAUCCGACGCUCAGCAAGGGAUGCAAAUCCUGCAGAGUACAUGCGGUUCUUCAGCCACGACUUCCUCAUCAACUUCUUCCUCGGUCUCAUCUGGAUCUGCGACUAGCAGCACGGAUAGCGGUUCCUCGACGGGCUCAACCCCGAGCUCAGCGCCGCCGUCGACGAGUGUCUCCGCCACCGAUAGCAGCUCGUCCUCGGCGAGUGGCACCGAUGUCUCCAGCAGUGCCUCCUCUAGCUCGACAGACUCGUCAAGCAGCACCGCCGCUUCCUCAACAGACUCAUCCGCAUCUGCCGCUCCAUCCACGACAGACUCUUCUUCCGCCUCAUCAUCGGAGGCGUCCUCCUCGUCAGUAUCCUCUGCCUCGUCGACGUCUGGAGCGUCUUCGUCCACUGACACGUCGGGCGUCAGCGUGUCCGUGGUGUCGACGACGGCGGUCGUGCAGUCGACCUCCGUGCGCCCGACGUCGACACGGAUCGUCUCUGGUUCGCCUGCUGUGACGCCGACGAACUCGGUCGGCGCUGGGACGCGCGUCGAGGCUGCGACGGGCCUGAUGACGGUGGUGGCGGCACUGCUUACGCUGGUGUGUGCUCUGUGAGGACUGUAGCCUGCGGUGGCAUUCACUCGCGAGGUAACUUACGCGGCGUCCAUGUCAAAGUUUUUGGACGUGGGCGGGUGGGCUCGCUGAUUGGGAGUGGAUGGUGUAGCAUAUUUAAUUUAUGACCCGGUGCGGGUGCCGGGGAUGUCAAUGCGUCGGUGUAGGAUGAAACUGCC